CACCACAGCCUCACAGGAGCUUCACUCCCACACAGGCAGACCCACACACUCUGCCCCAGGCCUGGACACAGAGCCACAGCUUCUGAGUGACGUCUCGCUUUGUUUAAAACUUACUUCUCAACACUGACAUGGAGUUUCAAAGUGCGUACAAAAUCUUCCAGCCAAACCACCUCGGUGAGGAGAAGCAACAGAUGCUGAACCUGAACAGGCGCCUGGAAACCUACCUGAGCCGGGUCAAACUUCUAGAGGAGGAGAACGAGCUGCUUGCAAAUGAGAUUAAAGCUCUGAGACACAACAACCAGGGGGCCUUGGCGCACAGGAGAGGCUUAGAGGACGAGCUGCAGCGGGCGAGGCUGGACGUGGACGCAGCCUGGAGGGAGAGGGUCCUCUCGGAGGUGGAAGUGGAGAAGAUGGUCGAGGAGCUCCACGACUUGGAGCUGCAAAGGCAGAGGGAAGCUCAGGCCAAGGCGAUCGCCACAUCAAAGCUGGAGCAAAGCAGGAAGGAGCUGCAGGAGGAAGAGAGGGCACAGAUGUGGCUCAGGGAGAAGGUCAAUCAGCUGGAGCAGGAAAUGACACUUCUCAUUCAAACCCACGAGGAAGAUGUGGCUCAUCUGGAGGCCACGGCCAUCCAAUCCAGAGCCAUGGUGCCUCCAGCUCAGGCUCACAGGACCAACCAGGCACCGGACCUCCUCAGAAUGGGCCAGGAGUUUUCCCAGAGGGCAACCAGAGCGUGGCAGGAGGCUGCGGCGGCCUUUCAGGGCCAGUUAGCUCGGUUAGAGGAGUCGCUCGAGGAGGCCAGGAGCCGUUUGAAUCACGUUCACCAGGAGAAGCACGAGAGCCAGUUGAAACUUCAAACCCUGGAGAAAGAGAUGGCCUCAGCUCACGACGUCAGGCUGCAUCUGGAGAGGACCGUGUCCCAACGCAGGGAGGAGCACUGCCAGGAGAUCCAGCACCUCCAGGAGCACUUGGAGGAUUUGGAGAUGGAGAAGGAGAAGCUGGCUCAGCAAAUUGCUCACCUCCUCCAGGAGAACCGCAGCCUGAUGCAGCUGAAGAUGUCCCUCGGCCAGGAAGUGACAACAUACAGAGCUCUGCUGGACAGCGAAGGCCUCGGGGCAGACGUGUCACACAAGCCAAGAAAUAUUUCCAUCAGAGAUGCAGUUUUGGGACCUCAUGGGGUUAAAAAGAAUUACCAGACCCAGCUGUCUGCUGGCUUUAAGACCACUUUCCCCUCAUCUGUCCUCGGCACAACCAGAUCCACAGGAACUGCCGCACAAAUCAGGAGUACAAAACCUGCUACUUUAAACGAAACUCCGAAGUUUUCAAGCAAACCCGCAAAGACAGAUACAAAAAAGUCAGCAACAUUAGAAAGCUGUUAUCCAAAAAGUGUUGAAUUUGAAGCUGCUGAAAACUUGAAAUCACAGAAGGUGUAUGAGAAAGGCACAGAUGCUAAGCCUUUAUCGCCUUCUAUUGAGCAAGGGACACCCCUUGAUAGUUUGGAGGUAAAUAACGUUGUUGUUGAACCUGCUGAGGAACAAAUAGUGACAGAGUCAGUCGUCAGUCAGAAGGUUGAGUCUGGCCUCAGAAAUGAGCCGCCUUUAGAAGACGAAGCCAGCCUCUGUCACGUUGCAACACCAAGCUUCGCAUUGUGCAGCUUUCAAGAGGGAGAAGAGCUCAGCCGUGUCUCAGAUGAACCGGAACAAGUGGCCUUUCAGGGGGAAAGUGAAAAAGAUGUGCUACAGCCACAGACUCAAGACAGUGUCUCCAUGAAGACGCAGCAUGCUGACAAAGAGGCAGACCACGUGCAAGAGGAAACAUCAGAAUCAGAAACUGAAGCCAUGCUCGAACCAACCACUGAAUCCAGACCAAGCAGUCCAGAAUCUGAAUCUGAAUCUAUAGAAACUGUGUUUAACCUAGAGACAGAUCCUAGUAUAGAUAAAAACAUUUCAAAUGAUCCUUCGGUUAUGAUUAAACAAGAAUUGCGCAGUGUUACGGUAGGAACAUAUGGGCAGGAAGUUGAAGAUAAGUUGUACCCAGACGGAGAAGAGAUGGAUACGUGGGAUAGCGUCAUAGAGAGGAAGGUCAAUGUAACGACAGUUGAUGAAAUGAAAAACGAAGGAAAAAAACAGCAUGCUGAGCCAGAGGAAGACAUAUCAGCAAAAGAACCGGAGGAAGAGAAGAACGGAGCUUUUCAGAUUGACAAUAAGGCCUCUUCUGUGAUGCUACCACAAGUAGAUGAGGGACAAGACACGUCGGACCAAGAAGAUGCUUCCUCUCCUGACAAAGAAGAGGAAAACGAUGAAGAGGAUUCUCAGAAUGUGUGUGUGUCAUGGAGGACAGAGCUGGAGAGUGACAGCUACGCUCAGGAAAACACUCUUGCUGACACUCGUCCCUUGAUACGAUACAAAAGCGAUGACACAGAUGCUAACACUCAGGCGUCACACAUUGAUGAGAGCGAGUCCAGUGAGGGUGAGCAGGAAAAAAAGAUGGACGAGGCAGGAAUGGGGACGUGGAGUGACAGCAAGUCAAAGACAUUUGGUACUAUGGAAGAUCUGUGUGAGGAAGUGGAAGAAGAAACACUAGACGAGGACUAUAAUUUGGGAUACACUCAUGUUGAAGACAGAGACGUCAGCCAACAUAUAGGAGGUGAGCAUGUUACAGCGGUGACUGACAGAGAAAAUGCAGAAGAGAUAGUGAAAAAUGUCAGUGAGGAACAUUUGGAAAAAGAAACCGAAGAGCUAACAGGAGCUGAUGUACACACUGAUGUAGACAAUGACAAAGAGUUGGCAACAGAAAAGCUCAUGGCAAAUUUGUCGACAGACAGAUAUGGUGUUCAUUUUGCUGAACAGCAGUUCAGAGAAGAAAUCCUACAAAUGGAUGACAAGUGUGUGGAGGAGGUGGAUGAGCAAGCAGAGCAUGAAAAAGCAAAAGCAGACGACUUGACUUCCUGUGAGCCUGGAAUUAGUGAAAACCAUAAACACAUAAUAUCAACUCUAGAUCAAGCUUUAGAAAACCAAAUGUUUAGUGAUCCGUACACAGCGAUGUAUCCAUCAAACAUUACAGCUGAGGAGGAAGUCCAACAAACCAUGGACAAACCAGAGGGAGAAGAUGAGGUUGAACACAAUAUACACACGAUUCAUGAUGCUGACCCAACAGAGGAUCAACCUAUCAUUACAGAUUUCAUCAACAAAUCUAAACUGGAACAUGUGGAGGACACAAAGAACACAGAGGAUCCAAACCCCGUGGUACAAGUGGAAGCGGAUCAGAAAAACCUGCACGAUAUACCUGAUGCCCCAGAGACCCUACCUGAAGAGACACCCAAAGAUGAUCAGGAACAUGUGAAUGAGGAAGAUGAGCACUUUCACAAGUUUGCUCCAGAAACAGCUAAAUGUGAUGUCUUGGAUAACCAAAUGUUUAGUGAUCCAUAUGCAGCAAUGUUUCAGUCAAACACUACAGCUGAAGAGGACGUUCAACAUAAAGAUCAACAGACCACAGAUAAACCAGAGGAAGAGGGUGAACACAAUAUACACACGGUACAUGAUAUUGAUGCAACAGAGGAUCAUUCUGGCUUUACAGAUUCCAUCAACAAACCUGACAUGGAAGAUAAGGACACAACAAUCCUAGGGGAUCCAAACCCUGUGGUACUGGAGGAUGCAGAUCAGAAAAACCUGCAUAAUAUACCUGCUGCCCAAGAGGUCCUACCUGAAGAGACACCCAAAGAUGGUCAAGAACAUGUGAUUGAGGAUAGUGAGGACUUUUACAAGUUCCCUGCAGAAACAGUUGAAUGUGAAGUUUUGGAAAACCAAAUGUUUAGUGAUCCAUACACAACAAUGUAUUCAUCAAGCCUUACAGCUGAAGAGGAAGUCCAACACAACAAUCAACAAACCACGGAUAAACCAGAGGAAGAGGGUGAACACAAUAAACACACGGUACAUGAUACUGAUGCAACGGAAGAUCAUUCUUCCUUUACAGAUUUCAUCAACAGACCUGAAAUGGAAGAUAAGGAGGACUCAAAGAACCCAGAUGAUUCAAACCAUGUGGUACUGGAGGAUACAGAUCAGAAAAACUUGCAUGAUAUACCUGCUGCCCAAGAGAUCCCAGAGGCCCUACCUGAAGAAACACCCAAAGAUAGUCAAGAACAUGUGAAUGAGGAUGGUGAGGACUUUUACAAGUUUCCCACAGAAACAGCUGAAUGUGAAGUUUUAGAAAACCAAGACCAAAACAAACAAGAUCAAAGAAAUGAAAACAUGCCAGAUUUAGCUGCUGAUGAUGUUGUAAUACAUCAAGAAGAACUUGUCAAAGGUUCCUCUGACAGUGUUCCCAGUCAAAAGGAUAUCUUCAUAAUGAAAGAUGUAACAGACAGCAGCCUCCAUAACCUCUUCACUUCAGAUGUGAAGAAAGAUUUCUGGGUGUCCUCGUUGGAGAGCGGAGCCACUUAUAAACCAGAUGAUGCCUGUAACAAAGCGGCUGAAAGAACUAAUCAGAAUCAAGACUUCACUGACAACCAGAUUUGGGGGAAUUUGGAAAACCCAAACGUGGUUAAUGGAAACUCCAAGUCAGAUGUUGACUCAUCUAAAGCCAUGGAUGCCAUGAAAGAGCAGGAACAAAUACACGUGGAAGUGAAGAAAGUGUUGGUCCAUUCUGAGGAAUCUGAAGUCGAGGCUGAGUCAUGGUCAUCUGGAGAAGAACCGGUCUAAUUACAGUGAGGAGUUAGUGUUAUGUAUGAUGUGUUCACAUUAAAACCAAAGUCAUGCCUUGGUGCAUUCUUUAGUGAUCUCCAAUGUGCCAACUUUUGCGACACUAAUUUAGUGAUUUUUUUUUCCUAUUAAGCUGAUAAAUUUAACAGUUUUAUUGUUCAAACCUUUCAGUACUUUGGUGUGCAUGUUGUAGCAGAUGGUUGUGCUUAUUUGCAUGAGGGAAAAGCAUGGAGAAAGAACAAAGAAAAUGAUUUGAAAGUCAAAGCAGUUAUUGAUGAGUGGCUAAUCUGAUUUUGUUGGUUAAUAGAAAUCAAUAUGACCAGGAAGGUAGGAGUCCUUGUAGAGCUGCUGUUUCACUCUGACUGUUUUACUUUAUUUGGUAAAGAUUCAUUUGUAUUUGCAUGUUUUACAUAUGUAGAUUGAAUGGUUGGUUCUCUGUUACCCCAACAAAUUCUAUUAUCUAUGGAACAUACACAGUAGGAAAUAAAGUAUAGACUCAUGA